AUGGGCACACGACUGUCUUGCUCGUGCUCGCAGGCGGAAUGCUGGAAUGCCGAUGAAUCUUCUUUAAGAAUCGACGCUGAGCUAUUCGAGUUGUCGGCGGAUGGAUCGAAAUGGGAAAAACUCGAUGGAAGAUUGGCGAAGGUGCGAGUAUUCAACAACUUCGACGAAUCGCAACCACGUCUUAUCGCAACAUCGUCAUCUGGUCAGGUUCUCCUCGACACUCUGGUACCAAUCGGUGAAAAAGUGCACAAAGUCAGCGAUUUCUUUGUUUAUCUUCGUGCUGAAAAUCGAACUAUCGGAUUCAAUACAUUAAGCGCCCGCGAUACUUCAUUGUUCAUUUCGCAGACGUGCAAUACAACUCCAUUCAACAUGUUUCAGCACUCAUUUAGUGCUUCGAUUUCGAGAAUUGCCACAUUUGAAGGAGACACAAUUGUCGAGUGUAAAGAAGCGCCGGAAGUUACCAAUAUAGGUUUGAGCCCUUUGAGCAUGACAUUCAACUUCAAAGGAUCUCCAGUUUGUAUUGAUUUGCUUGAGAGUUUUGCGAGCCCUUCUGAAGUCGAGAAUUGUGUCGACAUCGCUCAUGCCAACAAUAUUUUUCGAAUUCUCAUCUCGGCUCACGCUCACUUAUUCCUCAUUCAGGCUUUGAAUAUUUCAUCGCUUCUUCUCGCUCGCACCACAUCGACAGCCGUCGCCAUCAACUAUUUGACAAGGCAAAACGAGAAAAUCCAGCAAAAACUCAUUGGGCUAUUGGAAACCUCGGAAUCGUCAGCAGAUGGCAAUGAAGGGCUCCGCGAGCAAUUGUUACUGAAAAAUGUCGUCGUCACGCAACGUUUGAAUUCGCUGCAAGGACAACCACUACCCGGAAUCGAGCUCAUCGAGCACGACAUUUCUCCGCAUAUUUCGACGCGACUACUCGCCAAUUGUCGCCUACCGUCGCUGUUUCUGUUCCACUUCAAUAUGAACUCAUUUCGAAUAUGGCGCAAACCGAUGGAUAUUCAUGACCAACAACCAUCGACAUCUGGUGGCGUCGUUCAUCAGAUUCCGAUUAAUAUUAUUCCUGGAGAACAUAUCACUACUGUUAAUGGGACUACAACGUUUCACACAACUACGCCUCCACCAAAACCGACGACUUCUUUAGCCGAAGCUUCAGCAAUGAGGAAGCGAGAAAUGGCUGAGCAGCGAAAAGAGCUUGACGGCGACGGCGAUGGUAUAGAUUAUCAUGUUCGAAAGACGAACGGCAGGCUUGGGCUCACAAUUUAUGCGCACAACGAAGACGGAGUGAUACGAGCCGAAGUUCGCGGUGUGACUUCAUUUGCACCGAGGUGUGCACAAGUCGGAGAUGCGGUGAUUGCCGUUGAUGGUGAACUCAUUUCGUCUGUUCGGUGUGCAUCGGACGUUGAGAAAUUGCUUCGUGUCGGCAAAGUGAUACAUCUGCGAAGGAAAAACACACAAAUUCCGAAAGCCCCAGUCCAACUUGACCCAGCGACACUUCGUACAAUUGAUAAAAAAGGAGGCUGUGCGAAACUCUCGAUGGCACUUCAAGAACUAUUGGUUACCGAAAAGAAGUAUGUCGCGGAUCUAAGAGAGAUGAAUGACGUAUUUUUGUGUAUUCGGGCAGUUCGCGAAAUUAUGCAUUCAGCACUGCGGCUCUAUAAAAUACAAACCGGAUUCGUUGAUAGUAUUGAAGAAGCUAUCGGGGACAUGUCACGACAAGAUAUUUCGGCAUCGCAAAUUCGCGAUUCAGCGAUGCGCGUGAGUGCUGUGUUCGUGAACAAAUGCGCCGACUUCAAAAUCUAUGCCGAGUACGCAGCCGCAUACCUCCGGCUGCAGCAUGAGAUCAAACAUCAAAAAGAAUUGCUGGCAAAGCUUGAAGCUGUUAACAGUACUCGCGAGCAACACUGUUCUUGGGAGUCGAGGAUGAUCAAGCCGGUGCAGAGAAUUGUGCAAUACCCGCUGCUUCUAAGAAAUAUCAUGGAAGCAUGCUCGAAGGAUGUCAGAGAGCGAGUACAUGUGGAAACGGCAUUGCAAAAAAUGCAAACAUUGGCGGAAUAUGUGAAUGAAAUGCAGAGGCUUCAUGAAGAAUAUGCGCAAUACAUCGAAACUGUGCGUAAAGCACAUGAGCCAAUGUUAAUCGAGAAGGGUGUUCGAAUCGACACAAGAGAUCUCCUAAUAUUUGCACAUAUCAAAUGGCGAGAUGCUCCAUCGGACCACUACGUAAUAUUUGUGUUCCACACCGUCGUCCUAUUGCUUCCAUCAUAUGCCCGAAAAGAAAUUAAGAUGAAAUGGACUAGAGUUCUCCCAAUUAAUGAAGUUGACGUUGAUGAAAUGAGUCAAGACGGAAUGAAUCUCAGACUGUACCACGCUGCAUUCGAAGGUCCCAAUGGACAGCUGAGUCAUUCAAAUCCGAAUACGGUUUAUCACAUCGAAUGUUGUCAACCUCAAUUGAAGCAGCAGCUUAUCAAAAGUAUCAAGAAAGCUCGUACCACUUUCUCACGGGAAUCUCAUCGUCCAUUAAGUGGUUCGAGUCAAUCCGACGGCGGAUAUGUUAGCGAGGUCUCCAAAGAGCACCGCCUCUCUAAAUAA